AUGAAGUUCGGCCACAGUUACGUGAGCACCCUCGAGAACGAGGGCUUCCCUUCGCAGUGGGUUCGGUCAGCCAUCUCGUACCGCCAGUUGAAGAAGUGCAUCAAGCGGGUGCAGAGCGAGCUGCUCUCUCUGGGACUCAGUCCGGACGUUCUCAACCGCUUCUGGCUCGAAGAGGACGGCGGUCUGGCUGACGGUGAUGGAGAGGGCGCGCUGGCCCGUGUGGGUUUUGCAUAUUCUCUCAGGGAAUGUAAAUCUUCCUCCUCCCUACGUCCCGUUCUGACGUUCGCCAUGGGCCCGGACGACAAGCCACCCAGUGAGCUACUUACCUAUCGAGCCAUCAUGCACACAGACACCAGCAGCGAGCAUCCCUGCACCAGUAGCUGCGCCAGCUCCUGCACCACGAAAACCGACGCUGAAGCGAGCUACCAGUCCAUCCAGAUCCCCCUCUCCUCCGACUCUGAGUUCUUCCGUCUGCUCAGGGCAGGCCUCUCCAACCUCGAAGACCUGCAGGCGCACGAGAAGAAGGACCUCGACAGCCAGGUCUCCCUGCUCAGAGAAAACAUCGUCCAGGUCACGAGCCCGACGUCCAAAAAGGCCGAUCAGGCCACCAUCUACGCCUGGCGCGAGGUCUUCCGCAUCUACAUGGAGAUGCAGGUCUUCUUCUCCACGGGCGAAGCGGACAGCGGCGAGCGCUCGUCAGAGGCCGCCCGCCAGCGUCUCGAGGCCUUCCAGACCCAGCUCGUCAAGCAGCACCACGCCAAGAAGCUUGGGCGCAGCGGACGGCGCGCCCUAGAGAUGUUUAUGCACAUCAACCUCGCGGUGUUGCAGAAUCUAAAGUUCCAGGAGAUCAACGGCAUGGCGCUGAACAAGAUUCUGAAGAAGUUCGAUAAGCAGACCGCCCUGCACGCCCGAUCCGCGUUCACCAUGACCGAACCCUUCUCUGCACAGAGCCUGUCCAAGUCCGUCUGCCAGGCGAUCUCGGAGCAGAUUCUGGUCGUGGUGCCGCAGCUGGACGACUACCUCUGCCCCGUCUGCUUCACCAUCUCCUUCAAGCCGGUCAGGCUCAAGUGCUCGCACGUCUUCUGCAUCCGGUGUCUGGUCAUCAUGCAGCGCGCGCAGCAGAACCACUGUCCCAUGUGCCGCGCAGAGGUCGUCAUGGAGGCAACAAGCAAAAACCUGGACCACAAGCUGCUUACCUUCCUGCAGUCAUCCUUCCCCAAGGAAACCAAGGUCAAGCAGAGGGAGAACGAGCGCGCCGCGAUGGUCGACGUCUAUGGCGAGCCUGCCGAGGCAUGCAGCAUGAUGACUGGCCGCAGGUUCCACCGGGAAAUCCACAUCGAAGCCAAGAGCCAGACUAUUUAUGCAUAA